ACCAACAAUGAACUGGCUGUCAAAGUUCUUUACAACUAUUAUGCCAGUGUGAAUCGUUCGGACAGUCCUAAUGACCCACUAGAUGUGGCCACAUCUGUGGAUUGGGUCCUAUUACAUCGGCAGUUGGAACGUGAAUGUGACCUAAGACCAUCCUCGGGGCAUCCAAACAUUGUACCUCUUGUGGGCCAUUUCCUUGACCGAGCUCCAACUUGCACAAGUAUCAAGCCUUCAGUCGCGGAACAAGCGUCGGAGCCAGAGCAAUCCGCAGAAGAGAGCAGCAGGAGUGACUCUUUCACUGUUCUGUCUCAGUGCACACACACGGACUCACAUGAUGCAUCUUCCAAAUCCGGGAUCCCUCUUGAGACACCCAAACCUGUUUGGGUGGGAGCCGACUCCUUUCCCGAAGGUUUCGGUGGGCAGCCAUUCACCUAUUAUUUACUGAUGCCCAAAUUCAGUGCGACCUUGGACGAUCUCUUGUCAGGAACGUGGAAUCCAUCUGUGCAGUCCAAAUUUGAACAAGACCUCACACGAACACACUCAAAGCCUGCGGUUACUUCAGGUGGAUCGUCCUUGGGUAACAGCUCGAGCGUGGCAUCUGAAUCGAUGUCAUUCAUCACUCAACCGGAUACAAUAUCGAGUGAAUGUGUCUCAACUCAUUCUUCUGCGGAAGAUGAUGCUCAAACCGGGGUGAUUGGUUUGGACAAUACACCCACCGCAACCAGCACCACUGAAGCUCUCAUCAACGCCCCGUCUCCACCAACCACGCCGAAGUGCUUAUUGGAUGUGGACGAAAUCAUUGCGAUUUUAGCUCAGCUUUUUGAUGCUGUGGCAGAACUAGAACGCCUCGGGGUAGCACAUCGAGACAUCAAACCAAACAAUAUUUUGUUGAGACCAAGACCCCCUUUAUCUGCCGACCAACGUUCUGAUGUACGCCUUGCGCAAUCAAAUCGAGGCACGUUCGAGUAUGACCGUAAUUGGCUAGAUGAUCACGAGGUUUCUUCCACUAACACACGGUUUCAUGUUGCUAUCACCGAUUUCGGAUGCGCCAUUCGAACGACACCGAAGGUUCCAAGGGAUUUCCAGUCCAGUUUCCUUCAGAUUAUCGGUCAUCUGUUUAAUCCAAGUGCAAUUCCAACUCCACAACCGGAUGUGUUCACACACAGCGGGAAUGUAUCACUUCUGGCUCCAGAGAUAACGGUAGUACUCGCAUCCCGUGAUUCAUCCGAACCAGACUCUGGUGUUAUAUCGCCCCUAGAUUACUCACGUGCGGAUUUGUGGGCGGUUGCGACACUGGUCUACUCUCUUUUUGGACAAAACAAUCCGUUCACUGAUGGUACUCUGUCUUCCGUCACGUAUUCCGAGUCCGAGUUGCCCAGCUUGCCGGAUCGUGCUCCAGGCAUUGUUUCCUGGCUCGUGACCAACUNCCAACUGCCUUCGACGCAACAAAGUCGUCUAGGACGCUACUCGGAACAGCCCCACGUGAGCAAAACCAGCGAGUUGAAUGGAAUUGAGACAAAUUUAAUCGACCUCCACCUAUCCAAAGAAUUGGAACAGUUGCCUCGGGGUGAUUUGUCUCCCCCGGUGGCCACUCGACUCCGGGCGUUUCUGAAUGCUUGUUGGGCUGCAGACUGGUUAACGGGACCAGCUAGACCACCUAACGGAUUGCGAGUGUCUUUCUAUCGCCGUGUGACGCUCAAUAGGUUGGCAAUGUGCUUGCAUAUAGUCAUUCGUGAGGAGGCCAUGCGCGCUCACCGAAUUACGAGUUCCAUCGCAGCAGCUGUUGGCCCCAUCACGUUUCCCGUUCAACUGCUCACUUCGUGUAUUCGGUGA